CAUAAAUGUAUGUUUUUGUACGACCUUCCUAAGAUCAAAUUGUGGGUCGAGUCCAGGUUGUUGAAUGAACCGAUCGCAACUGGGAACCGACUGGGACAACCUGAUCAGCAACGGACGUUUUGCCAUAGUUCUGUGAACGUUUGUUGUCUACAAAAUGCUGGUACCGGAAGAAUGGUUAUGGAUGGUGAUAGUUGGAUUCAUCAUCGCCUUCGUCCUGGCGUUUGGCAUCGGCGCCAACGACGUCGCCAACUCCUUCGGUACUUCUGUGGGUGCCAAGGUACUAAGCUUGAGACAAGCAUGCAUCCUGGCCACCAUAUUUGAAGUAGCAGGCGCUAUCCUUAUUGGAUCUCGUGUGUCAGACACGAUACGGAAAGGCAUCGUGGACGUGAACGCCUACAAUGGCAGCGAAGCCUUACUUAUGGUUGGAAAUGUUGCAGCUCUCUCAGGUUCUUGCGUGAUGUUGAUCGGGGCUACGAUAGCCAGCCUGCCAAUAUCCGCAACACACAGUAUUGUGGGGGCCACCAUAGGUUUCUCUGUCGUUGCUCAUGGCGCCCGAGGGAUUGGCUGGGUGAAGCUGGGCAUGAUCAUUGGUAGCUGGUUCAUCAGCCCGGUCAUGUCCGGUAUCGUAUCGUCCGUGUUGUUCGUCCUCGUCCGCAAGUUGGUCCUGAGUAAGGACAAGCCCCUGGAACCUGGUCUACGUCUUCUCCCAGUAUUUUAUGGCCUCACUGUGGUCAUCAACGCUUUUUCCGUUUUCUACGAUGGUUCUGAAAUGUUAUACUUUGAUCGUAUUCCGCUGUAUGGUGUCUUCAUCCUCUCGUUCGGCCUUGGCCUUGUGGUGGCGCUGCUUGUGUACUUCGUCGUCGUUCCCUGGCAACGGAAUAGAAUACUGGCUGAUACCGCCACUGUACGUCUCACUGAAGCCGAAGAAGGGGGAAAAACUGAGCAGAAAGUGGAUAUCCAUGUAACAUCCACAUUAGAGUCAGCCACUGGAGAUAGCAACCACAACACAAAGGACAAGGGCGCACACAACCAGAAAGAAGAGCAAAAGCAGUUACUCAAUGGCGAACUUGAAGCAGGUAAAGGAGAAGCCGACGCGAGCAUUGCUGAAACGGAAGAGGAACCUCCGACAGACGAUGUGCAGAAGCGACUGGCAUUGGCGCGUAAGAAUGUCGAAGACAAACCGGAAACAGCCAAACUUUUCUCAUUCCUCCAAAUUCUCACAGCAGUGUUUGGGUCAUUUGCACAUGGUGGAAAUGAUGUCAGUAAUGCAAUUGGCCCAGUCGUGGCACUGUGGAUGAUCUCAAUCGACGGCACUGUAUCCCAGAAGGCGGCCACUCCCGUAUGGAUCCUGCUGUAUGGGGGUGUCGGAAUCUCAGUCGGCCUGUGUAUUCUUGGCAGGAGAGUCAUGAAGACCAUGGGAGAAGAUCUGUCCAAAGUAACACCAACUAGCGGGUUCUGUAUAGAGAUAGGUUCAGCGCUCACCGUUCUCAUCGCCUCCAACAUCGGCAUCCCCAUCAGCACAACCCACUGCAAAGUGGGCAGCAUCGUCUUCGUCGGUCGAGUUCGGUCCAAUGAAAACGUGGACUGGAGAUUGUUCCGAAACAUCAUCAUAGCCUGGCUAGUGACCCUGCCAAUCUCUGGAUUACUGAGUGCGGCAGCGUUUGCUGGUUUGAGAGAACUCAUCUGAUUGGAUGGGUCAGACCACGUGAUAAUGUUGAUGUCAUAAAGAUGGACUCAGAGAGUAAUCUCUAACGACAUCAACUUAGGGUUUUCGCAUCUGUAGUUUAGUUUGGAAAUUGACGAAGACGAACACUAUUUUACACAGAACACAGUGGAAAAUCUGUACUUCAAUAACAGGCAGGUCUUUUAUAUAUAAGUCUUCGUAGAGAUGGGUACGUGCCAUGAAACCAUGGUCCAUGCUACCAGACGUCACUUGCUAUCUAUGCCUUGCUACAAGAGGGUCCAUGUUACCAGACGGACCGAUGUAAGUGAAGUCUUAGAAGUAGGUGGAUCCAUCUUGAGACAUUAACGGGUCCAAGAAAGAGAACUGGCGUCGAGGGAAUUAUAUUCUCAAUAAUUGUUCCAGAAAUCUCAUCUUCUGUAAACUUGGACCCUACUAUAUUUUGUUGUGAGAUGUUGGAAUCUGGUUUCUGAAUGAAUAGGUGUGUUUGGGAUGAAUGUCUUUACGUUAUAGAAAGGUGAUAUAUUUUGACAUUGUGCUUGGUGUAAAACUUUGAUUGGUGUGAAAGGUGUCUGGGCUAGGUUUUUGUAGGCAGAGAGCGAUUUGCAUCGUUAUUCAGCACCCCUAUUUUAAUACCAUUGAAUUUUAUUCAAUGAGUUUACACUGCCUUAACUGUAGGAAUGGAAGUAGAUAAAGGGCUUUCUACCAAUAUACUUUAUACUUGUAAUAAGAUAAACAUUGAUGAUGUUGCAUUAUAUUGCAUUUUUACACAUUGCUGACAUGACUUCAUGUACAGUUUCAGAACAUAUUGUAUCGUUGUUUAAGAUGUAAAUAGGUUACAGUUUAUGUAUGCAUGGAUGGAUGGAUGGAUGGAUGUAUGUAUGUAGCGAGGUAGGUAUGUUUGUGUGUGUGUGUGUGUGUGUGUACAGUGUUAUGUACAAACUAUGUACACAAGAUUCCGCUAAACAGAUAUAUUGUAAAUGCAGUCACUUCGACGAGUUGUUCAUGCCAACACCGAUGGUUGGGGUAGUUCAUAUGCACAUUAUCAAAACGUGAUGUGACAUCAUCCGUCAGUCCAUGUAUUAUAUGUUCAUCAACCUCAUCCUAUGUGAUUUUGCACAUAUGUUGCGUAUAUUUUUGCGAAUGUAACGGAAUACAUGCUUUAAACAAGGCGCAUGCUUAAUAGGGAGUAAACUAUAGAAGGUGUUAUUGUUUUUUGUGUGUUUAAUUUGUGUCGGCAUGUUGUGUCUGUUUGAAAUGGUUGUGGCAGCUAGAAUUGUGUCACGGUGCUGUGUUGUGUCGAUCGCUAGAACUUCGCUUCCAACACACUAUUCCUACGGCUGCGUGAUACUAACCCUUGAUUAUCCAUCAUUAUGUAUGGUAGUCAUCACCGUGUUUGAUAAUCAUCACCGUGUAUGAUAAUCUUCACCGUGUAUGAUAAUCAUCACCGUGUUUGAUUAUCCAUCAUCAUGUAUGAUAGUCAUCACCGUGUAUGAUAAUCAUCACCGUGUUUGAUUAUCCAUCACCGUGUUUGAUAAUCAUCACCGUGUUUGAUUAUCCAUCACCGUGUUUGAUUAUCCAUCACCGUGUUUGAUAAUCAUCACAAUAUAGACCCAUCUACGUGUGUACAUAAAGAUCCGUUCACCUCGUGAUUAGAUCAUGCGUGUUAAGUUCCUGACUAAAACCAAAUCAAAAAGAUAUUUACAAAUUGUUGCUUCUUUUUUUUGAAGAAAACAAUUAGAAUAGUUUAAGAUUUCUUUCCAAAAAGUAAUAACAACUCGUCCACUCACUGUAAACGUAGUCGAUAUAGUAUUAAAAUGGUAUGUAAUAAGAAAAACAAAUCCGUACUCUUACGUCCUUGACCUAAGGUGAGAUAAUCAUGUAACACUCCAUGUCCUACGUGACUGUUUCGUGGUAUUUGGGUUGUAAUGAAGACCGUACCAUACCAUGAAUACCUUGAUACCUUGAUACGACUGUCCGACGUAGGUAGAUGGAACCUACCUCUCACUUAGUGCCUUAACAAGCUGCUCAACCUUCUUCAUUCCAACUGCCCGGUGGUUGACGAGUCCUGAUCCAAGCGGCUGUGGUGAUACUAAACCCCUACUAAACAUCACCUCACCCGUCCUAACCAUCACCUCACCAUCGCCAGCCAUCACCCCCACCCCUAUAUAUAUAUAUACCCAUCGCCAGCCAUCAUCAUCAGACCCCAAUGCGGAUCCCUACCCCCACACAAAUCACUGACCUCACUGUCAACCCUCAUCUAGAGCUCCUCGCCGCGAAAAGCUGAAAAAUUGCUGAUACGGUGUAAAGCAGAUCAAUCAUUUAUUCAUCUGAAGCCUCAUCUCAAUGCCGACAUUGGUAGACCAUUGAUGACGUGAAGUGAUCUCGGUUAUACAAUACCUAAACUCGUCAAGGACGCUAAGACAUCUUGCCUUGAUAACAACGGUUUACAAUUCUUCUGUAUAUCCUCAGCUGACCUUGUCAAAAAUCUCUUUAUAACAUGAAGGGUUAACAAAAUGAGUACGUAUCACUAAAUAUUAGUCUUAACCUUUGACACGAUUCGUUUCACUUGUUGACACACAAUUUUCGUUCAUUUCUCAUGCCCCAUUCCAUGACCCUGCGUCUCCAAACCAGUCCACAUAGACUGAAUGUAAACAGUGUGAUAUAUAGCCAUUCCACGAAUGCCAUACCCUUCCAGCCAUAGUGGAUCUAAGAAACCCUCGUCAUAACGGACAUGCAUGCCAGUCAUUUAACCGUGCCAAAAAUUGUUUACUAGGUCCAAAACAGCGGAUGAGUCAAGUAUCGUCCCCGGUUUAGCUCUUCAUCUGUGCAUUGCUUUCAAUGCCGCCCAGAGCGACAUACGUAUCUUCAAUAUUUUUGAUGGUUAUAAACUCCAGGCCUGGCAGCAGCCUGAUGUAAACUACUGAGGCAUAUAUACCAUUCCUUAGUUACAUGACUCCAUGACUGUCUCUGUAUUUACACUCAAAGACGAGACAAGUUGACAGGCAUUGUGUGGUAGCAUUAAGGCAUUAACAGAAUGUACACUCAAAGGUAAAUGUAACCAUCUUUUCUUUGUUUGGCAUAUGGUGAAUGUUUAGAAGUGAGAGAAUGGAUGUGGUUUUACGCCGCUUUAAGCAAUAUUCCAGCAAUAUCACGGCGGGGGACACCAGAAAUGGGCUCCACACAUUGUACCCAUGUGGGGAAUCGAACUUGGGUCUUCGAGCGUGACGAGCGAACGCUUUAACCACUAGGCAACCCCUACCGCCCCAAUUGUUUAAAAGCGCAUGAGGAAGAACUUUUGUAUAUAGUUUUAGGUCGGUAGGGUGGCCAAGUACUUAUAGCGUUCGCUCGUCACAGGUUCGAUUCAGGUUCGAUUCCCAUCAUGGCUAUGAUGUGUGGAGUCCCAUUUCUGGUUCCCAUGCCGUGCAGGAAGCAGCAUAAAACCAUACUCAUUCACUCUUUGACGAUUUCAAGUACUGACGUAAAAUUGGGUCGUGUUCAUCAUUGAUUACAGUUUUUAAUGAAUUACGCUUUCGUUUUCCUUUGAGUAUAUGUACAUGAAUUAAUAUCAAAUGACGAUGUCUGCGCAAUUACCAUGUACAUGUAUAUGUAAUCUGUUUGUUGUUGCUAAAACUAGCCUCGAUAUGUUGGGCACAAUUAAAUGAAUUUGAUUAGCCUCACAUUCGUCGUAUUUGUUCAUGAAGAUGUCACCUUCUUACAUAAUGACCUCCUGGACCAGGAUCAGCCAGCAGCUGGUUCGAAUCAAUGGGUUGUCUUGAUUGCGAACCUUGGCUCUUCCCUAUUGAGAACCUUUGUUCUUCCUGCGUAAGGACUUUCAUUCUUCCACAUUAGGACUCUUCAAGUUAGGUUUAAUAAUGAGCUUCGGUUCCUCCUGAUUCUGAGCUUCGUUUCCUCCUGAUUAUGAGCUUCGGUCCCUCCUGUUUAUGAGCCUCGGUUCCUCCCGAUUAGAAGCCUCAGGUUCCUCCCAACUAUUAGCCUCGGUUCCUCCCGAUUAGAAGCCUCAGGUUCCUCCCGACUAUUAGCCUCGGUUCCUCCCGAUUAGAAGCCUCAGGUUCCUCCCGACUAUUAGCCUCGGUUCCUCCCGAUUAGAAGCCUCAGGUUCCUCCCGACUAUUAGCCUCGGUUCCUCCUGGAUUAGAAGCCUCAGGUUCCUCCCGACUAUUAGCCUCGGUUCCUCCCGAUUAGAAGCCUCAGGUUCCUCCCAACUAUUAGCCUCGGUUCCUCCCGAUUAGAAGCCUCAGGUUCCUCCCAACUAUUAGCCUCGGUUCCUCCCGAUUAGAAGCCUCAGGUUCCUCCCAACUAUUAGCCUCGGUUCCUCCCGAUUAGAAGCCUCAGGUUCCUCCCAACUAUUAGCCUCGGUUCCUCCCGAUUAGAACCUUGAGGUUCCUCCCAACUAUUAGCCUUGGUACUUCCCGAUCGCCACAUGAAUCCGUUACCUUCUGCUCAACCCUCUAAUCUUCUAGGGUGAUAAAGUUGACAAAUUGUUUCCUGAAAAUGCUUUACAACUGCAGUUACGGUUUCUCGAAUAAUCGUUAAGCACCUACUUUAUAUCUCAAACAAAACCAGAAUAUGUAAUGUAACGUAUUAUUAAGCUAGAUGCAAGGAGCAUAAAAAUCCCAAAAGGGACAUUUCUCAUUAAAAUUAUAUUUAAGGAGCGGAUCACCAGCUGUUUACUCUGUUCAAACAAACUUUAGCAUUCAGGAGGCAGUGUUUAUAGGGGGAACCUAGUUCCGGCGUUAAAAUCUGGAAACAGUUAUAGACAAAUUUGGAAUCGGAUCUAUUUACCGUACAAAACCAACUAUCAUUCGUCGCCGUGACGAACCAUCGUUUAAAUGACACGUUUUGCUUUGACCAGCACUGUGAUGAGAAACGUUGGUUUACUUCUCCAUGACAAUAUGAGGUCUAAACUAGAUAUAUUUCCAGUUAAACCGUGGUUAUUGACGAACGUGCAGUUUUCAGAUAUGACAGUUUUUGCAGGUAUUUCAUGAUCAUCAUGGUACUGUUUGUGUGGGGAUAUUCUCUGUUUUUGUUUUGCGUGUUUGUGAGUCUUGGUUGUACAGUAUAUAUCGUUAACCAUGAAUGGUAAGGAAAUAAAAUAAAUCAAA